AUGAACGAGUCUUCCAUCCCCAUCGUGCCCAUCCUGCAAGCGAUCGCAACGAUUGCGCCAGCAAUAUACACGGCAAAGCAAUGGCUUCAAGCCUACCAAUUCGCACCUAUUUUCGUCGCGCCUCUCAUCUUAUCCGGCGCUUCAACUAACGUUCUCCUCGCUUACCUUUGCAAUGAUCAAUCUUCUUCCGCAAGGCUCCUGUACGCUGUUGCAGGACUUGUAAAUGCUAGUAUCAUCCCGUACACAGCCCUGUACAUGGAGCCUGGGGUGAACGGCGCGGGAAAGUGGAAAGCACAAGAGAUAUUACGUGAUGAGAGCGUUGUGCUGAAGGGUGCUGGUCAGGGUACAGAUAAAGAUACGGCGAGUGAAGCCGCGAAGAAGUGGGCUGAGAAAGUGGAUAUGAAGACCAUUGCUGAGACGUGGGCGAGGACGAAUGCGUGGCGUUAUGUUAUCACCGCGGUUGCUACUGUAAUCAGUGCAACGGCUACGGUUAUGCAGCAUUAG